UUGGGGCGCCCUUUUUUACUGAACUAGUGUUGAAUUUCCCUCUUCUUUUUUUCCUGCUUGCGAUUACGAACUAGGGAGGGAGGGCCGGCUGCUUGCUUUGUGGACCACCGGUCCUGCCACCGUGGAGGAGAUGUUUCGGUGUGGUGUGAUGUGGUGUUUGUCAAAUAAAUAGUUACUUGCUCUUUGCUAGUCAGUCUGUUUCUGAAUUGAAUUUGAUCAACAAAAGUCAAGUCGUAGUCUGUCUUAAUUAAUGGCUUCGUUACUAUUACUAUCCUGAAAUUAUAUGCAUAUAUAUAUAUAUAUAUAUAUAUAUAUAUAUAAUGCUUUGUUUGGCAAUCUCGCUCUAAAAGGACACCGAGGAUUGGUUUGGAUCAUUUUAUAUAUGAUGAGGAGGAGGAGGAGGAGGAGGCGACAAUUAUAUGUGUAGUGUAGAAUUGUGAGAGUUUCUGUUUUCUUUGAUUCAUGUCGAUUGCGAUUGGUGGGGUGCUGUAGUUGGAUGAUUAUUAUUGUUGUUAGUUUGUUACGCAAGCUGCGAUAGUUUGUAUCGUUUUAUCCUUAUAUCCUUGUGCAUGGUAGCUUGUUUUCUGCUAGAUGUCUAUGCAGAGGCAGUGCUUCAACCUAUUUUUGUGAAGUAAUCGGUGGCCACUAGGAUGCAGGAAAUAUCCUCAGGAGCUCUGUGCAGAGGUUGGGGGUUAAGUUUCUAGAGUGGCUGUUGAGGUGUUGCGGAGAAGCUCUGACACUUCUCAUUUGUGCACAUAAAUCUGGCAUCCUAGUGCAUAGUUGGCUAGAUUUUAGAGCCUUUUUUACUAGGGCACACUCCCCGUCAUGAAUUAUAUUCUUAAUACCUUUUGAGCUUCUUUUGGUCCUAAGCAAGCUAGAUGUCAUCCUAAGUAGGACCUUCUGAAUAGCAUGCCCCCAGCUUAGUCGUACCUGGUCCUUUUAUACUGGCUUAACUCAAGAAUGAUUGUAGCUUGUAGCGGUACACGUGGUGUGCGCUCAUUGGUCACAGUAUGAACCGUUAUCUGGGUUGUAUUCCUUAUUUAGGCCCUGCAGGGGUUGAUGAGCUUUUGGGCAAUAAUUGGUAUGUCUGGUACGCUAGCCCAACAGAGGAGGCUUCCUCUGUGGGUUUCCAAGUCGAGGCUUCACCUACCUCAUUUAAUGCAGGGCGAGAUCGUGCAUAGCUUUCCCGUGUUGGUUUGAGGGGUACUGUCAAAGCGGCUUCCUUCAGUUCGCGUGUAAUAUUCUCAUUGGGCAGUGGAAAUAGGUUUCUACACAGUGUCAAGUGCUUAAACUAAAAGGCCAUAAUGGAGAAAUUAAUUGGAAACAAGAAUGCAGGCUUAUUAAGGUUAGUGGAGGAGAGAUCGUUGACCAAGAAAUUAGAGGAAGAGAAAAAACAACGGCCAGAAGCACAAGCCCCUUACCUCCAUAAAGAUUGUAUAUCAAAUAUCCUUGUGCGACUUCCUCUCGACUCUCUUCAAAGGUCAAGGUUUGUCUGCAAGCCUUGGUAUAACAUAAUUAAAAACCCCAAAUUCAUUGAUGCUCAUCUCCAUCGUACUGAAUCUGUUUUGAUCUUUCUAUCACCAAUUCCAAAGGACAGUUUAUACCCUUAUUCUAAGGCUUCUAUACCACGAGAGAAGCCAAACACUGUCUCGGUUGAACUAAAACUUCUUAAUCCAAACCCUAUCCCCAUUUUCGGCCAUCCUCUCAUAAACUCUCCAAUGUUUUCUGUCCAGUUUCUGGACUUCAAAAAUGAUAAGAGUGAGAUAGGAGAGUACAAUUUAAAAUGUUCGGGCAAGAUCAGAGCCACCUGCAAUGGUCUAAUUUUGCUUGAUAACAUGGUGAAGAAAGGAGGACUAGCAGUCAUGAAUCCUGUGACUAGGAAGCUGAUUGCACUUCCUCUGGGUACUUUAUCUCGUCCACAUCGUGAAUCCUAUGGUUUUAUACUGAAUGAUGUUACAGGUGAAUACAAAGUAGUCCACUUGUUUCGGGAUGAGUUGGGGUUUGACAGCUGUGAGAUUUUGAGUCUUUGGACACAAGCAUGGAGAGAGGUAAAUGGCCCUCCAUUCAGGCUCCUUCGUUGGUUUGGAUAUGCACCUGUUUCAGCCAUUGGAGCUCUUCACUGGAUUCCUCAAGUUGACCGCAGCGAUUACAUAGUAUCUAUGGAAGUUGAGAAGGAGAAGUUUCACCAAAUACCGCUCCCAAAACCCAGCCGAACUCAUGACAUGAUCCUUGAAAUGGGUGGCCUUUUGAGUUUUGUCAUUCAUGAGGGCAUGAACCAUAUCGACAUUUGGAUCUUGAAAGGUUUGUGUGGGGAAGUCUGGACAAAGAAUCACAGUAUCACAGUGGGUUCCGUCAUAGACAUGGUUCCUCUUUUCAGUUUAAGAAUCAAGGGAGAUAUUAUUUUCAAGAGAGACGAAGAUGGCUCGUUGUAUGCUUACAGUUUUCGAGACCAAGAGAUGAGGAAGGUCGACAUGGUAAAUGGAUGUAUCCGGCGGUCUUACAUGCCUCAUGUCAACACCCUCGUUUCAUGGAUGGAAGCAAGUCAGGACAUGUCUGAUGAUUGAUCUUUCAGCAAUGGUGUGUACAUAGAAAACAUGGACUAUCAGCUUAAACUUGAAUCUCCCUUUUGUAUCUUUUAUAUACACUUUGGUUUUACCCCUUAAUCUAUAUUGCUACUAUUUGGGUUGAUC